CAGACAGAAGAACGAUUCAUAGAGAUUGAAGGCCAAAAUUCCAAAGACCUGCAUACCCAAACACCACAAGAUGCAUACCAUUCCUUGGCUGGAAAAGCAUGUACCCUUUUAGAGGCAAUUGAAGCCAAAGUAUUAAAACUUGCAUUUUUACUUUCUAUGACAACAAAUAGUUAUCAAGAAUUGCAAGAAUUACUUGAAAAAAAAUACAAAAUCUUGUUAAAA